ACGACAAACAAUGCACAGAAAUCGCGACGACAGAUUAAACGAGCUGGAAGAUGCUGGUACGGUUACUGUUUCUAGCCGCUAUGGUGGAUCAUCAUUCACAGACAUCUGGGACAGUACAAACAUUGAGAUCAGGGACCAAAGUGCUCUUCAAGAAGACAACAGCAGCUCAACAGCCAGCCUUUUGCUUAAAUGUAAACGUCAGGUUAUCUACCCUUAUCUCUAUAUUCUAUGCUUGGUUGCUUGGCGACCAUUUGGCUCUCGCUCAAUGGCUUAUCGUCAAAGAUGUUCAUUCUGGAAAGUGGUUAACAUUUUCUACACAUUUUUGUUUUUUUGCUUGAUCAUCUUUACCUAUGCCUCACAUCUUAUAUCCUGCAACCUUGGGCUAGAUGUCAGUAGCAAUAAGACCUCCAAGGUUCCAGAAACAUCUCAAGGCACCAAGCAAUCACAGCAUGACCAGAGAAGCUUGAUAAAACCUGACGGAAAUUCCUUUGGUGGAACAAAAGCAACGCACACUUUCUCUCUGGACCUAAACAGAAUAAAUAAGAAUCUUAUGGUUCAAAGUGGUGUUACUUCCCAAACUAUGGGGAAGAACAUUAGCUCUUCAGUUUUUCCUUCAGUUACCAAUGUUUUUAUUCAGGCAACUUCAAAGUCAGGUGAUUGGAAACCAGCUGCUUUCAAAAAAUGUAAACAUUUACUAACAGAGUAUGUGAUGCCACAUCUCCUCCACUUCAUGGCAGUUUUGACUGGGUUUUACUUGUUUAGAAUUCAAGACAACGAGGAUCUCAGUGCUUUGGUAGAAAAGGUUUUUUUGCUUAGUUCCAUUCCUAGGAAGAUUGUUUCAAGGUUAAGAAUUUUUUUCUUGAGCUUGGUGAUGUUGGCAAUUGCUGAUAGUGCCGUUGAAAUGUUGUUUCUUCAUGUCUUUAAGAAAACCUCAGUGACAGGAUUCAGUCUCAAUUCAAGUGGCCAGCGGAUAGCAGUUUCAUUCAUUGUACUUGGCUUUUUUGUGGAGGCCUUUGUUUCCAUAGUGACACUCAUGAGUUACUGUGCUCAGUGUGAAUUGUUGACCUUUUAUCUCCACGAGAUUUGUCAGAGAAUGGAGGAAAAAACCAAAGAUCUCUCUGCUUUAAUGAAAGACGUAAUGGAUGUAAAGAAAAACCUCAACAAUAUGAAUGGAAAAAUAUCCAUAAUUGCAAGUCUAAUUGUGCUCUGCUACCUUAAAAUUACUGUGGCAGAGGUGAUCAACAUGAUGACGUACAUUAAGAAUGACACACUCAGUGCCAUUACGUUGCUUUACAGAUUGUUAGCUCCACUCUUGUCCUUCUCUUUUAUAAUGAUUCCCUUUAUAGUGGCUGCUCGCUUUAGUGCAGUGGCACAGAAGUUUAAACAGCAAAGCCUGAAUGUCAGAGUGUUUGGAUAUCCUUCAGCCACACAGCUGGACCAGGACUCUUUCAUUUUGUUUACCCAAGGUGUAGAAAUGAAGGCCAAACUGAUGUUGAUGCCAAUUCAUGGCUCUUAUGUCUCUGCUACUGUGAUACUGAUAAUGUUUGGGCUCCUGGUAUUGAUCCAAUCACAUAUCAUAUCUACUAAUAUUAGAUACCUUUGAGAAGUGGGCAUAAGUUGUUAUUUUCUGCCACCCUUAAUAACCUCCCAAGGGAACUAAUAGGGUUCAAUGAAAUACUUACAGGUUUAAAAGAGAAUGAAAAUUGAGGAGCUGCAGUGAAAUGGUUGAAUAUUGUUUCCAUGGGUUAGAAUUACUUCCUUUUGUUUGGCUUUUUUUUCCAUAAACUGAAUUGUAGGUUUAAAAUAAUUGUUUGUUGUUACAGAACAAUUAAGUAAAGCUGGUUUCUGUUUAUAAUAACACACUUUUCUUUUUAUACUGAAAUAUCCUCUUGUUUUCUACUUUUUUCAAAACAAUUAUUUUUGUUGAUGGAAUUAUAGAACAUUUUACAGUGUGUACUGGAAGGAUAGGCUAUUUAAUUUGACUGAUUGAAAUGGGGCAAGCCUGAAUUUUAAAAAGAGUGGUCAUUGAAUAUAAUUAUUAAUCAUCUUUCAUUGAAAAAGACCCAAAGGAUGAUUAAGUGGUAUUCCUUUUCCAAGGGUCCAUUAGUAUGGAGUUUUAACUUCCCGAAGAGAUUCCACAUCCUUUUAGUAAUAAAUCACAGAUGUCAAAAUGUGUUAGAACAAAUAUGUGGCAGACAAGGUAGAGCUGAGUAUGUCAUUAAUGGUCUUACCACAUUUGACAACUUCUAGUGAUCAAGUUCUGUACACAACCAUAGAAACAAGGAGGUAACACAGAAUUUACUUGUUUUAUAUGAUUAAAAGGCAAAAUAUUGUUUAUAGUGCUGUCACCUAUGCAUCUAUCCACUAAUCUACAAAGAAGAACCAGUCAAGAUGCAUGUAUGAUUCAGCUUACGAUAUAAUGCUAACUUAAUUGUGGUAUAAUUGUAAAUGGGAUUGUAAAUAAAUUUUAACAAAAGGUAGAGAAAUAAAAUGUUGAU